GAUAAUAAACAAUUACACAGUACAUGUGAGGUCACGUCGCGCGCAUUUAGGGACGCGUCCGACCCGCGCAUGUCGCUCGCAAAGAAUGGGCGUUUGCUGGAAAUGAUGCCUGGUGGAACCCGUGUCUACAUGUCUGGUUUGUGGUACUCUUAAAAGCUCUCACGCGAGUGAAUCCUCCCGGCGCCCGCUGCUUCAAUGAGGCAGCCUACGAUAAGUCGAGCAGGACGCUCAUCAAGGAGCAGCAACCAUACUGCAUUGGCCGUGGCGGUCUUAGCUGCGGCUUUCGCGGCUGAAACCCAGCCAGCGCUGUGUCCGGCUGUGGAGGCUCAGCCACGGCCGGCAAGCCGCGCCGGCGUCAGCCUACACCAACCAGGUCGCAGGAGCAGCAGCUGCGGCAGCACCGGCGCUUGCAGGAGCCCAGCAAGCAAGCGUGGCUGCGAGCGCCUAUGCAACCCAACCUGCGGAAGCUGCGGCACGGCUGGUGCAGAUACAGCAAGAGCAAACCGAACGCGCAUGACGGGAGUGGGAAGCGAGGCAGCGGCAACUGCGGGAGUGGGAGCAGGAGGCACAGCAGCAUUAGGAAGCGGCGCAGGUGCGUGGGUAGGGGAAUGCGGACGACGAGGUAAGGUGUUCGGACGUGGCGGCGCUCUGGUUAACAGCCAGUGCGUGGAGGAUGUCGAGUGGGUGACGCCAUGCUUAUCUGGCCUACUGCCGCCCGCCCGCCCGCCCGCCGACCUGGCGCAGCUCGGUGACGUUCAAUUCUACGAGCAGUGCCAGUGCUCGAGGGGCCGCCGCACCCUGACCCCAUCGUGUAGACGGCCUCGCUGGCGUCCGUGGCGCCGCCCGACAUCACCUACAGCCACCACCUGCAGGUUCGCAAUUGUUCAGGACAACCUGGCCGGGGCCGAGCUGUCCGACGCGCAGCUGGAGACGAUGCUGUACGCCUUCCAGCGGUUUGGGAGGAGGCUGCCCGAUGACUCGCGCGCGCCAGCUUCUUGCUGAGUGACGGCACGGGUGUGCUCAAAGGCCGUCAGAUUGCAGCGGUGAUAAAGGAGCCACAGGCGGGCGGCGGGCGCCGUGGGUGUCCACGUCGAACGACCUGCGCUACGACGCCCGCCGAGACCUGGCUGAUCUGGGUGUGGCUGAGGACCACAUACCCGCCGUGUACCUGCCGUGUGCCCUCCCGCCCCCCGGCCGCUGCCCACCUGGGUUAGGGGCGAGCUGAUCGUCCAACACCUCCCUGCCGGUGUAAAAGGGCUUAUACUGAGGCCGCGAGACCGGACAACUAGCGAUACGCUGUGGGGGAGUACGGCUACGGGCUCUUGUGCUAUCCUGGACUGGCCAUUUGCGCUUCAGCUGUCCGUCUCCAGCAACAUACAGGCGCGGCUGGGCGAUGCGCAUGCUAACGACGUGGUGGAGCGCUGCGCCGAGUUGGCGGCUGAUGCGCUGCGGCGCGGCAUCUGUGUGGUGGUGGGGCUGUGGGAGGCCAACCUGGCGGCGGCGGCGCGCGAGGUGCUGGCCACGGGGCUUGGCGAGGCUGGCGAGGGCGGCGCGGACGACGGAGAGGACUUCUUGUCAGCGCCCAAGAUGAUCAUGCACAACUUCAUCAUCCAGUGACUGUUCCACUUCAUGGUGCCGAUGGGCGGCCUCAUGGACAAGCGCAGCAUGCAGAAGCUGCAGGCGAGAUCCACCUCGUGACCUAGGAGUGGCAACGUCUGCUUGUCUGCAAGGAGGAGGCAAUCUCAAGCAUGCAGGAGAAGCGGUCUGGCUGCAAGGGGCAGGCUGAGGCGGAGUGAAUGCGUGUGCGAUUUGUUAGCAUAUUCUUAGCGUUGCCCUCAGUAGUUGACGGGGACCAGCGCCGAGCCAAUCAUGCAUUCAGCGGCUAUGGGAUUGCAGCAGCUGGCGUACCACUGUUCGGUGUACCCCGGGUUGCACGGGGGCGGCGUACUGCUGCCGGCUGCAGGCGCCUACUGCCAGUCCCCAGAGGUAGGGAGGUCGGCCUUGAGAACCCAGGCUGGCAGGGCACGUGUGCAAACCGUGAGGCAAGCAGGUUAAUAAGCGGUAAAGAAUUACACGGGAUACACCGGGAUGCUUACUGUUCCUGCUAGGUGUGCGGGGAGGAGCGGGUGCUCGUGGCGUGGGGCUUGGCAGCCGUAGGAGACAGGUAUCGUCGGGAUUGCAAGAAGAAUGCUUUGCAUGCGCAUUCAACUUGGUCAUAUCGGUCAUUGCGUUGUGGCAGGGAAGCACGAAAUUGGAGGCGGCGGAGGAACGGGGCCACCAAGCGCUGGGGCGACCUGCAUGGCGCGAUCUGCUGCGGCUCGUCGCAGCGUCCAUGUGAGCGCAACUGGUGCUAUAGCCAGUCACCAAGCCUAA